AUGGCGUUCAAAGCAGCAGCCUCCGGGGCCCGACGGUCCUUCGCACGAGCAGCAUCCGGUUGCAGCUCGUCGCCACGUAGCAACUUUGCCCGAUCUUCCGGUUCCCCUCUCGGCGCUCAACCAUCCACAGCACAACCAUCCUUCGCAUCCGCCUCCGCUUCGUCUUCCUCUUCCUCCGCGCCCUCUGGGUCUCGAUCGACACAUAGUGCUACCGCUUCGGGGAGGCAAUCUUCACAGCUGACAUCGAAACCCACGAUAUCAUCACGGAGUCAUUUGACCGCGCUGAUAAAGGGACGAGCCGUCCUCACAUGGUACGGAUCGCUGAAGGAUGAUAUUUAG